CGGCCGGGUCAGAGCCUCCGAGGCUUGGCCAAAAUAUAAGCCAAGCGCCUGCCUGAGUGAAGCGCCUGGUCCGGUCGGCGGAGCCCGUCGUCCCCCGGGGGCCGACCCAUGGACAGCCCCGCCGCCACCUUCACGCUGGCCUACGUGGUGCUGGCCGUGUGCUUCGUCUUUCCCCCCAAUGAGUUCCAUUCGGCCGGGCUGACGGUGCAGAACCUGCUGAGCGGCUGGCUGGGCAGCGAGGACGCGGCCUUCGUCCAGUACCAUCUGCGGCGGGGCACCAGCACCCUCCUGGCCCACUCCCUCCUCCCGCUGGGCUAUUAUGUUGGCAUGUGCUUUGCAGCACCCGAGAAACAACUUUGCAGUGUUUACCGGGCUCCGGAUGGUUGGAAAGGCUUCUUCUUGUUGGCUGUUCUUGUUCCAACAAUUGUUGGUAUCCUAACAUAUUACUGGUCAUUAAAUGGUUGGAGUAACCAUCCCCUUGUCAAGACGAUUUCUCAGUAUGCUCUCCCACAGUCAGGCUGGAGGGCAGUGGCUUCUUCUAUCAACACAGAAUUCAGAAGAAUUGACAAGUUUGCUACUGGGGCCCCAGGAGCACGUGUUAUUGUUACAGACACUUGGGUUAUGAAAGUGACUACAUACAGUUUACAUAUUGCCCAACAGCAGGACAUCUAUCUAACAGUGGUAGACUCCAGACAACAUGAACUCUUGCCGGAUUCAAAUGUGCCUGCACAGUUCCUCACAAUCCACGUUGCCAGUGUUAAUCCUAAUGUGAAAUCUUUUGAUAUACGGUUGAAUUCAUCAGAAUAUGGAGAGCUGCGUGAGAAGCUCCAUGCUCCUAUUCGCAAUGUUGCUAAUGUGGUAAUUCAUCAGACUCUCAGUGACUUGUUCCUGGAAACCUUUACCUCCCUAGUAGAAACGAAUGAGACAUAUUCAGUUCCAAGCAAUCAGGAACUGGAGCUGUGCAUUGGGUGUAUGCAGACUAUCUCAAAUAUCAAGCUUUUGAAAAACUGUCAAGAACCAAAUGAAGGAGAAUGCCAACAAUGCUACUGUCGUCCUAUGUGGUGUCUUACUUGUAUGGGCAAAUGGUUUGCCAGUCAACAGGACCCGCAGCACCCGGAGACCUGGCUUGCAAGCCGUGUGCCUUGUCCAACCUGCAGAGCCAAAUUCUGCAUUUUAGAUGUCUGUGUUACACGAUGAACAAAUCCUAGGACACUCUUGCCUUUUAAAUCUGAAUGCACUUCAAAGGUGGAAGUGUGCAUCCACCUAUAUAUUACCUUUCAUUCUUCUGUUCAUUGGGUUUCUCUGGUUUUCCAUGUCUGUUAUCUUUUUUUCCUGUUUAUUUUUCUUACCUUUAACCUCCUGUUUCUGAUACUAAAACAACUAAGAGUUGUUUCCAGCAGCCAUUCAACAUUUGCUUAAAUUCCGAUAACACUGUUCAAUUUUGGGAAAUAUUAUGUUAUAUUAGAGUUCUGAAGCACUGUAUCAGUCAAACCAUAAAUAGGCAUUCUUUAAAAAUGA